GGUUAGGUGGGGGGUACAACAUUGAGAAGCAAUAAAGUCGAAUGGUAUAUAGAAACUAUUUUUAUGGUUCCCCACCUCGUUGCUCACCCGAAAAAGUUCCCAUUGUGACUGAUCAGUGAUCAUGAAUCACAGCCAAGGCCAAGCGGCCAAUUGAAUCGAAUCGAGUGAAAUCGCCGAAGACACUUGUAUCUAUAAACUGAUUACAAUGUCAUUUACUUAUCAGCUAGAUAUUGGUAUCGCGAAAUUCGGACCACAAUUUGUGUGAUUUAAGCACGAUUGUGGACAAGUAGGGGGCCCCAGUCACGAACCAGCUACCGAACGAAAAAUAUAGAGUUCCUGAGAAUGAGUGGCAUGCAAACCACUUAUGUGGGUGCAACUCCAAAUCCGCCAAGGGAGACCAUCGUCAUCGCCACUGCACCACCGCCAGAGCCUAGGAAACCCAUUGCUAGCACCUAUAACAGUGGAUACUUUUCCCGACUCAAUAGACAAAACUUUGUCUCCUAUGCAGUUUUCUUCCUACUCAUCUAUGGCGGCAUGGAUAUGGCCGCCAGCUUGGGCUGGAACGAGACCUACAGCGUGCUCCUGUUCACGGAGUACUCGUACUGUUGGUUCAUAGGCGUCAUUAUUGGAGCCCUGGCCACCACUCUCACCAUUGGUUUUCUGCCCAAGCAGGUCUACUAUGUCUUUGGAGCUCUGAUGCAGCUAACUGGAUCCAUCAUAUUCACGGCUGCUCCUGAGGAUUACGCAGCCUGUGUGGCCGCCCGUUACCUGGCCGGCUUGGGGAUUGGCCUCCUCACAGUGCCUUUCAUCAUCCACAACGCCGAGGUGGCUCCCACCAACUACAGAGGGGUCAAUGGCGGCAUAGAGCAGUGCGGCCUCGCCCUGGGCAUCGUUGUCCAAGUGGAAUUCACCACGGAAUGGGCUUCGAUAGUGGGAUCCACACCCAACCUGGUGCAUGGAAUCAUUGGGAUAAUAUUCUCCCUGUUCGGUCUGGCGAUGACUGCCCUGGCGAUAGAGUCACCAAUCUUUUACUUACGUCGAAACCAGGAGAACUUGGCGCGUCAGUGCCAGGAGAAGCUUCUGGGUCAUACAUCUGGAGAAGUCAGUGCAGCUCUGGAUGAGGCCAGGAUAUACGUGGCGGAAAGCGAUAACCGGAGUCUGGGCGAGGACCUCAUGGCCUCCAUAAUGCCUUUCCUGAAGAUGCUCUUCUUCCGCUGCUUUGUGGCAUUCUCCUUCUCCCUGCCACUCUCCAUUUCGAUCAUCAAUAGCACCGCGGUGGCAGAGGAAUCCCUCAGCGUUUGGCCAAUGUACGUGUUUGGAGUCCUCCGCCUGGUUGGCACCUUGGUGGCCCUUUGUUUCCUGGACACAGUGGGUCGCAAGGCGGUGUCACUGGUGGGUCUGCUCGUGAUGGCUGCUCUGAUCCUUGGCCUGGCGGGGAUUUAUGCCAAUGUGACCAAUAUAGACAGUGUUUACUACAUGACGCAGGCCUGCAACAUUGGCAUGGCCUUCCAGGCCUUCGCUGGGCUCUUCGUCUGCAGUUCAUCCGCAUACUUGGGCGAAGCAUUUCCCCUGCGCCUCAAGUCUUCCCUCGUCGGAGUGAUCGUCAUCUUGGAGCAGAUCAUCCACGUCAUCGUAAUCGCUUGCGUGGGACCUGCGCCCGGCAGGGAUUUCUUUUUCCAGUACUUCUUGGCCGUGGGCAUCAUCAUGCUGGUGGGCGUGAUUUUCUUUGCCAUAUCCUUGCCAGAAACUAAGAAAUUGACGCUCCGAGAGGCUGGCCACCGUUUCCAGAGGUAUUACGAUGUAAGGAUCUAUUAGAUGUUGGGAUCCUGACUGGAUGACUCAUUACUUGUUCAAAUUUUUCGUUGCAUAUUUGCUAGUGUAGGUUAAUUAAAUUAUAUUUGUAAAUACAUUAUGGUUAUAAAAAAAUAGAACAAUUAUGAAAGCUAUAAUUGAAAAUAUGGCUUCAGUGGUUCAGAAAAACCAAUAAAAAUCUGUUGUAACCAAUAGAA